AUGCUUGGAAAAGCUGCUGACAGGUCAAGCAGUAUGCCAUACCCAGGAGGUAGGUCAGCAGCAUCAUCAUCAACAUCAUCACCAUCACUGCUAUCUGCAUGGUUAAGCAUAAGCUCUGGUCCUUACGUUUGUUCCUCAUGUUCCAAGUCCUUCCCUUCCUCACAAGCCUUGGGAGGCCAUCAGAACGCCCACCGUAGGCAGCGUGAGGAGAUCAGGGUCAGAUAUCUUCGCGAACGCCUCGAGAGGGUAAGAGCAACAACCAACAAUGGCAUUUUCCCACCAUCUUUUCCACCUCCUAAGGUUUUGCCUCUGGGUCCUGAGUCGGACUGUAAAAUUCAAGCCCUGACCGUGUCAAUAGGUGGAGAAGAUCGUACUGAACGUCGGGUUGAGCUAGACUUUUGGCAUGGACAUGGAUCUGAAGACGUGGAUGGAUACGGGGAAGUAUACGAGCUGCCUCCUCGUGAGAAUCGACACAAGUGUGUUCCUUGUCUUAAUCUAAUAAGGAACCUAAAAGAGUCUAUGCCAUCGCUUGAGCUGACUUUGGCGAUUGGGAAUGGAUAUGGGUCUGGGAUGGAGGGGUCAGAGAGCGUUGGGGAUAAGCUGGAUUUGACUCUCAGGCUCUGA